GGAGUCGUUGCCUAGCAACAUCUGUCAACCAGACGCCUACUACUAGCUUUAGCAGUUCAAUGUAAAGGUGGACACGAGUUAUUUCAGAAAGUAAACAAACCAGCGAGGACAAACUUCUCCGGCCUGUUUAUCGCUAAAAUGUCAGUUCCCUUCUCCAACACCCAUCUGCGGGUCCCUCGAGGAUUUGGUUCGAUCCUGGAAGGACUAGCCAGAGAAAUCUUACGAGACCAGCCUGAAGACAUCUCCAAAUAUGCUGCACAGUACUUCGAAGCUCUCCUCGAACAAAGAGACGAGAGUGGGAUGGAUCCAGCUGAGUGGGCUGCUAAACUGGAGGACAGAUUUUACAACAACCAUGCGUUCAAGGCUACUGAGGCACGUCCUGAGAAAGAGCCUGCACCAGAGAUCACAAGUCCAAAAGAGUCCAAAACUGCAAUUGAAUCAAGUCAUUCAGCAGAAGCCCCGGAACUAUCUACCACACAAACUAAUGUCUCUGAAAAGGUCGAUGUAACUGAAACCAAAGAAGAACAACAUGAUGUUGCAGAGAAUUAUAGUACUUCAAUGGAAAGGGGGCUUUCAGAAGGAGAAUCAAUCAACAGCCCCGCUACUGCAGAUGAAAAGAGUGGGAUGAAGGAAGACAAAGACCCAACACUUCAUGCACUUGAUAAAGAUGUCAGGGCAGCUAAUGAAAAAGAUAUCGGCUCUGCUUCAGACCAAGAUGUACCUCAGUCUGCAUCCGCUGACAUGUUAUCAUUCAGUGGGCUUUUUAACGUAGAUGUAUGUGCUCAGGAGUUAGGGGUGACAGAAGAUAAUGUGGGUGAUAAACAAGAAGCUGCUGUUGUAGAGAAGGAGAUUGAAGACUCAGAAGAAGAGGAAAAUACUGAAGGAGAAGAACCAGUCGAGAUCUAUCCGCAUUCUGGACUUGCUGAUAUGGACAUUUGUGCAACAGAGCUCAGAGGAACAGACGAAAGAGCCACUUCUGAAAAUGAUACACUCAGCGAUGAAGAGGAAAGCUUUAAACCUCAGCCAGAGGAAACACUUGCACAAUCAUCACUGUCUCAGUUUGGGACCCCUGAGGAUAAUCAACAAGAAGCAGAAGAUCAGGCAGAAAAAACAAAGGAGGAGGAGGACACAGAGACUAAAGCUUCCUUUGGGGAAACACAUGAAAGUUUAGCUCAUAUUGAGGGUGUUUUAGAUAGUGAUACUGUACCAAAGGAGGAUUCAUUGGUUGAGAUUAGCUUUGAAGAUGUUCCAGAGGCUCAGCAAAUUACUGAGGCUGAGGAGAAACAGCCAGAGGAAGAGGGUUCAGUAGAGGUGUUACAGAAUGAGAUAUUAGAAAUGCAACAGGGAGAGGAGCCCAAGGAGGUUACUGCAGUGUCAACAGACCAAAAUAUAUCUGGUCCACAACACCGAGAUGAACCUGAAACAGGCGGAGCUGAAAAGGAAUUGAACUCUGAAGGGGAGGAUAUGGAAAGUCAGUUCAAUGUAUCUGAUAUAAUGCAGGAAGAGGUGGCCACAAAUGACUCUGAUUUAAAUGACAGUGAUGAUAAGGGAGAACGUAAAUUAAACAGCAGCCCAUCUGUUCAGCCCAACACCGAAACAGACGAAAGGAACACAGACGAUGAAACAGAUCAUACAACUGGCGAUAACGAGAAGAUAAGAGAAAGGACAUUUCUCCAGAGUGAGGUUUCUGAGAAAGAGACAAAGUCAAGUGAUGCUGACUUUAAAAAAGAGGAGACAACAGACACGGUUGUAGGAAACAAACAGGACAGAAAUACAGAAGGUUAUUUUGAGGUGGAGGAUGGAGACAUUAAUGAUGAUGGUGCAGAAAACCAUUCAUCACAAGUAAAACCGAAUACAGCAACAGCUGAGAUGGAAGGAGAGAGUGAGACUUUCAAAACAAGUGCACAACAUCUAUCGGACGAGCAUCAGGGAAUGCAUGUAGAGUCAUGGCCUGAGCAUACAGGGGGAGAAAAAGAGGCCACAUUAGACGAAGGAGAAAAAGUUCCAGAAGAAGAAGAAAGUGGUGCACUGUGUGAAGAGGAGAGCAUCAACAUCACUCAUAUUGCAGAUGGGACAGAUGCUGAUCAGCAAGGAGAAGAAAUACUACUCGCAUCUGAAACAGACACACAAGAGACAGAGGAGAAGAAGAGUACUGACAAGGAGGAGUGCAGUCGGCCCCAGGAGGAGGAGGACAUCAUGGACAUCCCCCUGGAUGACCCAGAGGCCAACAGGGCUGCCGCCAAGAUCCAGGCUGGCUUCCGGGGCCACAUGACCCGCAAGAAGAUGAAGCCCGAGGACAAAGCGGAAGGGGAGGAGGUGAGCAGCACUGGGGAUGUGCUCAACAGCAGCCGGGGGGACACAGCGACAGGAGGAUCGGGGGCAGUAGAGAGCGACGACACAUCUGUGCCAGAGCAGUGACCCCCCUGUCCUGACCUGGAUGAAGAGAAAGAGGGGGAGGGGUGCAAGGUAGCGAGAGAUGGCUGGCGAUGGCGUCAGCUGACUGGUCUGGCUUUCAGACACACCUUUUUAUCCCAGGAGUCGUUUUCUUUUUCAACACAAAUUAUCAUUAGAAAAAUGAACAGUUUUGAGGGUGUGUUCUGUGAAUUUUCGUGAACUUUAACACUCCUUCUCUGCUUCUCCAGCAGCCUCAUCAGUACGAAUCUCUUUGACCCAGAAUUUGCAACUCACUGCAUGUACUUGUGAAACUUCUGGUAGUGUGCUAGUUUUUAGAUGAUGAUCUGUGAACGUGAAAAUGAAUGUCCUCUAAAUGCUAAACAGGGCUUAUUUUGCAAGGAUCAGUUCAUACCAUCUGUGUAUAAACCUUGUAUGCAUCAUCAGCAUUAGACUUUGCGUAACUCUGUGGCUUAAAUUAUUUCCUAUUUUGCAUUGUUUUCUGGUGUGCUUGUAUCUCGAACAUGAUUUAUUAUUUGACAUGCUUACAAAAAUUAUUAAAACCUCCAAAAUAUCAAAAGGGAGUAGCUAUGUAUGUUCUAUUUAUUAUUGCAAUUCCCUUGAUUCUCAUUUCGAUCACAAGAACGAUCUCUUUUAAACCGUUAAACCGUUUUCUAUAAAUCUGAUCUUCCACAACAGCAUGCAGUUAUUACACUUUUUUCCAGAUGCAUCUAGUACAGCUUUACUUUUAUGAGACACUGGUUCAAUAUGCUCUAUUGUUGUGUUGCUGGGUUUGACUUGUUUGAAUUGUGUAAAAAAAAAAAAGAUCCCGUUGUUUGCAGAGCGUUCAUGCUUUAAAUCUAAAUGCAUAGUACCUUGCUGCACUUUGCUGUAGAGUCAUAACAUUACACAAAUAAAUCCACCUUAAAUAUAUGGUGACA